CUUCGUAGAGGGGAGAGGCUCUUAUGCGAGUUAAUAAAACAGAUUCAGCGAGAGUCUCGGGCUUACAAUGCGAUAAAUCUAUUAUUGCGGUGAUAUUAUAUCGAGAAUGUACGCGAUCAAGAGAAUUGUGUUGAAGAAAAAAAACCUGCGUUUUCAAUGGAAAUGGUCAACAUGUUGUGUUAAUAUUCAAUCAUAUCACAGCGAGAAUGGCGUUUAUGGAUACAAGCCAAGUCAACGAAGGCACUUUGAAGUGCCGAAAAAAUAUUUUGAUAAACGAGCAAAACAGAGUAAUUUUUAUAGACUAGUCAGUGCGUAUAGAGCUCAUGGACAUAAACAAGCUGACAUAGAUCCCAUUUCAACGAACGAACCAUUGUUCUUGCCUGAGUUGCAACCAAAAAAUUUUGGAUUGAACUUGAUGGAUAAAGUCUCUUUUCAAGAAAUUCUAUUUACACAACAGAAUGAAGGAACAGUGGAAGAAGCCAUUCAAUUUUUAAAUGCUACUUACAGUGGUAAUAUUGGAACUGAAUUCAGUUAUCUUGAGACGGAAGAAGAGAGGGAAUGGUUCGCUGAAAACGUGGAAAGAACAUUAGCCGAACCAUUGGACGAUGAAACGCGCAAAACGAUAGCCAUAGAAAUGCUGAAAAGUCAAGCAUUUGACAACUUUUUGGCCAAAAAAUUUGUAAGUCUAAAGAGAUAUGGAGGAGAAGGAGCAGAGAGUAUGAUGGCUUUCUUUCAUGAAUUUUUCAAGUUAUGCGCUCGUGAUAAUUUGGAACAUAUCAUUCUUUGCGCGGCACAUCGCGGCCGCCUUAAUCUAUUAACAGGCUUGCUAAACUUUCCUCCAAAUAAAUUAUUUCAUAAAUUACGAGGACUUUCCGAGUUUCCAAAUGCAGAUAAAUGUACCGGAGACGUGAUUAGCCAUCUUACAAGUUCCACCGAUCUUAACAUAGGACAAAAAUGCCUUCACGUAACCGUGCUUCGAAAUCCGUCGCAUUUGGAAAUAGUAAAUCCAGUGUCAAUGGGUAAAACGCGAGGAGUUAUGCAGGCAAUUCAAGAAGCUGCAUAUGGUGAAAAUAAAAAUGCACAAUGGAGCGAUAAAGUAAUAAACAUCCAAGUACAUGGGGACGCUGCCUACCCGGGACAAGGGGUUAACCAAGAAUGUUUAGCUUUGUGUCGAACGCCACAUUUUGAAAUCGGUGGUACGAUACACUUUGUAAUCAACAAUCAGUUAGGGUUCACGACUCCGUCUUCGAGGAGCCGAUCGUCAAGAUACUGCACAGAUUUAGCAAAAACUAUAUCCGCGCCUGUAAUACACGUAAACGGUGAUAAACCUGAGAUGGUCGUGCAGGCAGCAAGAAUAGCUUUUCAAUAUCAGAGACAGUUCAGGAAAGAUGUUUUCGUUGAUUUAAAUUGCUUCAGAAAGUGGGGGCACAAUGAACUAGACGAUCCCGUGCUCACUAAUCCUAUUAUAUAUAAAAUUAUACAAAAUCGAUUAUCUAUACCGGAUCAAUAUGUAGAACAACUAGUAGGUGCCAAUGUUUUUACUCGAGAAGAUGUUAAUAAUAUCAUCAAUAGUCACACCGCAUGGUUGAACGAAACUCUAAAAGAAUCCAUGAUGGAUGUGCCGCAACAGACAGCCAUGCACUUUGCUGGAAGGUGGAACGGAAUGAAACAAGCUGAAUCUAAUAUAACAUCAUGGGAUACUGGCGUUGAGUUCAAUCUGUUAGAUUUUGUGGGGAAGAAAAGCGUUCAAGUACCUUCAAACUUUGACAUUCAUCCACAAUUGGUGAAAAGUCAUAUUCAAAGUCGCCUAAGAAAGCUUCAAAGCGGUAACACCUUAGACUGGUCAACCGCUGAAGCGUUAGCCAUUGGUUCCCUGUUACAUCAAGGAUACAAUGUGAGAUUAAGUGGACAGGACGUAGGCCGCGGAACUUUUUCACAGAGGCACGUGAUGUUCGUAGAUCAAUCAACAGGAGCUACUUUUAUUCCAUUAAAUUCUAUGGUAAGUUGCCAAGUUGGCAAACUAGAGAUAGCUAACAGUAUUCUAUCCGAGGAAGCUGUACUAGGGUUCGAGUAUGGUGUAAGUAUAGCAUCACCGUUUACGUUGCCUAUAUGGGAAGCUCAAUUCGGGGAUUUUUUCAACGGAGCACAAAUCAUUAUCGAUACAUAUGUAACGAGUGGAGAAGCAAAAUGGUUGCUGAGCAGUGGUCUAACAAUGCUUUUACCACAUGGUUAUGAUGGUGCUGGUCCGGAACAUAGUUCAUGUAGACUCGAAAGAUUUUUACAAUUAACUGACAGUAAGGAGAAUGAAGUCGACAGCGAUAAUAUUAAUAUACAGAUUGUGAAUCCUACUGAACCAGCACAAUAUUUUCAUUUACUGAGAAGACAGAUGGUAAGAAAUUAUCGAAAACCCCUGAUCGUGGUAGCGCCCAAGAUCUUAUUGCGUCAUCCGGCAGCAAUAUCAUCUCUAUCAGAUUUCGAGCCUCGAACGAGCUUCAAAACUAUUAUCGGAGACAAUAAAGUAAAACAUUGCGAUGUAAAUAAAGUCAUUCUGGUCAGUGGAAAACAUUAUUAUGCGCUUGAUAAUUAUCGAGAGACUACCGGAAAUAAGAAUGUAGCUAUUAUCAGAAUAGAAAGUUUAUGCCCAUUUCCUGUACACGAAUUACUAGAAGAAAUUACUAAGUACGCACACGCGAGAACUUUCAUCUGGAGUCAAGAAGAACCACGAAACAUGGGUGCGUGGACUUUUGUUAAGCCACGUUUCGAAAACUUAUGUGGACGACAAUUAAAAUAUUGUGGUCGAGAAACCAUGGCAGCGCCAGCUGUAGGAGACGGACUAAUACAUCAGCGAGAAGCUAACGAAGUUAUUGUUACACCAUUUACAAUGAAAUAAAGAUCGAAAUAUAUUACUGCAACAAAUUGAUCAUAUAUUCUAAUAUACAAUUAAGACAAUGCACAUAGUGCUAAAUAACAAUAUAUUCUACCAUAUUUUUACUUUCAAUGAUGUCACAAAACUCAUAUUUUCAUAUUUGGAUUUUUUAUUCGGAUCAGAAAUCAAAUAAUGUCUGAUAAUUAACGUCUGCACAAUAGUAUAAUUUCCCCUUUCUCUCUCACUCUCUCUAAUAGUAUAAUUUCUAAUGGUAUUCUAUACAUUAACAUUUGUAUUAUCUAACUUUCAGCUUUGAAGAAACAAUCAAAUAUAUCAACAAAUGAAUACA